UCGAAGUGUCACCGUAAAUAGCAGUGUCAAAAGUCUAUAAAAUACACAUAAUUAUUUAAGUAUUUUAUUUUUUGAAAUCUAUUUAUGAAAUAGAACAAUGCUAAAUCCUUAGUACAACAAUCAACACAGUGUCUAUAUAUUAACAUUCCUUGGCUAUAUCUUCUUCAUAAUGGCAAGGUCGCCAAAGGAUGAUCCAAGAUUUAAUGACAAUACAUGGAACUAUCACGCGGAAACCGGCGAGAAUUGUACACCUGGUGGUAUAAAUGAAUUAAAGAAAGCACAGUUACCACCGAAUGCUACUGUAAUACCCGAAAACAUGUACGGAAGAUCGAAGUUUGCUAAUGAUGUUUAUAUUAACAAACCUUAUAACAUGCAGACAGGCGAUAACGCUUCAAAUAAAGACGAUAAAAUGUCAUACAAUACUAUGCCGAACGUAAAUCGACAAAAUUAUGGCAAUGCUAUGUUAAAUUUAGGUAAUGGACAGGUUGUCAGAGUCUUUUAUGAUGAAAACAACCAGCAACUUAUAUUCCCGAUGUCGGGGCAAUAUGAAUUGUUCAACCAUAACCAAAGCCUUUGUGAUGUUCCUCUGCAAACACAACCCUCACAUCUUUUUACACUGAACCAAGAGUUUCAUGUGAAUAACAAUGUUCACAUGCAGCCAUCAACAGCUACUAUACAACCUAGCUCAUAUAACCAAGAAAACGUAAAUCAGACAUCUAAUAUACCCACAUCCAAUUUUUUAAAAGAAGUAUUGGGAAAUUGGGAACCCAACUCAUCUGGUACUUAUUCACCCUUUGGUCAAAAUUACCCUCUUAAUCACCCUGAUGCACCUACAAUUGUAAACACCAAUCCAACCAUGGAACCGUCAAUGACUCAGAUAAAACCGGAUAAUUCUCCUAAGAGAAAUGAAAAUGGUCCUUUAGCUGACACAAGUAAUAAAAAACGUAUAGUCGCUGAAGUAAAACCAAUGCGCCCAAGCUAUUCGGAUGUGUUAGCCAAAAACACAAAAAAUACUCAACCAGAUGCAACAAAGAAGGUUCAAUCUCAGAGCAAUACAGAAAAUAAAACUCCAAAUAAACCAAAUCUUAAAUCUGAAAAAAAUUCAACAAACAUAAAACAUGUUAAUGAGGAGAGCAAACUUAAAACUGAGAAGAAACCUCAUACAAGUACUAUAUCUUCUGGUAGUGAAUCUGGUGAUAUAAAUACUGAUGAAAUUGAAAAACAUCAAAAGAGCAACAAAAAAUCAAAGAACAAGAGAAAUAAUAUGUCUCGUAAGUGGUCAUCACUGGAUGACAUAACUGGUGAAGAAAAUGGAAGCUUUGACCAGGAAAGUGAAAGUAACUUUGUGUUUGUAAAGAAUGAUACAGAAAAGAUAACAAAGAAGGAAAGAAAGCAAGACAAGCCUAAAAAUAUGGAAAAGAGUUUUGAAGAAGAGGAUUAUGCCCUUGAUGAUGAAGAUGAAGAAAAAUCACAGUUCAUACUUCAAGAUGUACAAAAUGAAGCUGGCAAGACAAAAAAGAAAAAAGAGCCUCGCCACCAUAAAAUUUCGAAAUCUGUCCAGGAGAAAAAGAAAGGAAAUCAGACGAAACUGAGGAGAAACAAGCCUGGUUAUAUGGGAUUGGUUCAGAACUAUCUGGAACAUUGGGGAGAAGCAUCAUGCAAGGCUCUUAUUUGGUUCUUCUACUUGCUCUCGGAUAUCUGCCGUAUGAGUCUCCAUCUGUCGUUUGACUUAUGUACAUCAGUAUUUACUCAGACUUAUGUGAGCUCUCAAGCAGUGUGGCGUAGUGGAAAAGAUUGGCUCUCCAAACUCGGGGAAAAUAAAUAUUUAAUGUAUAUUGACAGAAAAUUUGGACAUACCAAGUUUGGUUUCUGGAGAAAACUGAAAUGGUUUAAAAAAGAAACUGAAAUGGACAACAGCAAUGAUGCAACAAAAUUGAAUUCAAACAUACCACUGCCGGCAACUGGUGAGGAAGCAAUGAAACGUUUGUUGGCUUGUAAAGGCAAGGACCCAUACAGCAUCUUAGGAGUAAGUGUGACAUGCACAGAUGAGGAGAUAAAGCGUUAUUACCGAAGACAAGCUUUCCUCGUCCACCCAGACAAGAACCAGCAGCCAGGUGCCGAAGAAGCCUUCAAAAUACUGCAACAUGCUUUCGAUCUUAUUGGAGAGCCGGAGCGGCGCGACGCGUACGAGCGGCGCGCGCAGGAGUCGCGCCACGCGGAGGCGGCGUGGGGCGAGUUCAGCGUGCUGCUCGCGCAGCUGCACGACAAGAUGGAGUUCGCCGCCAACACCAUCCGAUGCACGAACUGCGGGCGCCGCCACAAGCGCGUGCUGACGGAGCGGCCGUGCUACGCCGCGCGGUACUGCGCGCAGUGCAAGAUCCGGCACUCCGCCAAGGAGGGCGACAUUUGGGCUGAAUCGAGUAUGAUGGGCCUCCUGGUCAUGUACUACGCCUGUAUGGACGGCGCAGUCUAUCAGAUAACACAGUGGGCCAGUUGUCAGAAGAAAAACCUCAAACAACUGAGGCCAGACUGCCACGUGGUGCAGUACAGGAUCGUCCUCGGGAACAAGGCAGCCGCCGCAUCUGAUAUCAACCAACGACCAUCCACCGGUCACGAUCCUAACCUGGAAGAAUUUCUCAACAACCUGUAUAGUAAGUCUGGGGUUUCAACAAACACGGCGAGCUCCAAGCAGCCGCCCGCCGAAACUGCGGAUGCGAAAAAACGACGCAAUAAAAAACCUAAAGUUUAAGAUAAUCUGUAAUUGCCUCUAAAGAACUUAAAAUAAACCCAACCAACAUACCGACGGGCAUGAUUUCGCGCCAUUUCAUGUCUGUCUCUCCGUCGUAAUAUUAUCUGUGAAAAUUUGCCUUUGAUAUAAAUAUAUAUUAUAUUUAAUAAAUGAAACAUAAUUAUUAUUCUGUAAAAUUCUACCAUAUAAAACAGAGCAGAUUACAUUAAUAUAAAUAAAUGGCACUUUGAAGAUGGAUAAACGAUAUGCGUACCUCAGAAGUUAAGAGACUUACAAGCAUUACUGUUAAACGAUAUUCAAACUUAUCUAAAAGAAAUAAAGUACAUAUUUAUUUUUCCUGGUGUGCAGUCGAUGUAUAUAGGUCUCUAAAUUUUGGGUGAUCUUAGUGAGUAAAAUUUAAAGCGUGUCAUCGCAGUUUGCUUACAAAUUAAUAUAUCUCAAAAAAGUUAAAUACUUUUUUAUUUUCAAUUUAUUAAAUAUUUUGCAAAUUAACACCAAUUAACUUUCUCAUAGCACAUUAAAUAGCAUUCACUUCUAUCGAUACUUUUAAACGAAACAUUUUCAAUUCAUUUGGCAAUUGCUAUUAAUAUAAUUACAUAUUUUAGGAUACUAAUGUG